AUGGCACCCUUGAUGCUUGGGUUGCCUUUUGAGCAGGAUUUUCCUUUGGCCUCACUAAAGCAAACACUUUCAGUUCUUGAGAAGGAGGAACAAUGGCAUAGAAUUGUCCAGGUAUUGUAUAGUGUCAGCUGCUUUCAUUUGUAUUUGUCAUCAAUACACUGUGAAGUAAAUGUCUGUGACUACAUAGGUGGUCAAAUGGAUGCUGAGCAAAGGGCAAGGAAAUACACAAUGAGAACAUAUGAGCUAUUAGCGUGUGCACUUGAGAAGGAUAAUAGAGCUGAGGAAGCACACAGAAUCUGGCAGAAGAAAAUAGGCCAUGAUCUGCAUUCGGUUCCUUGGCGUUUCUGCCGUCUUAUGUUGGCUAUCUACUACCGAAACAAUAGGCUAGACAGGCUCGUGAAGCUCUUCAAAGAAGUAGAAGCUUGUGGUCGUAAACCUCCAAGCAAAGAUAUUGUACGGAAAGUUGAAGAUGCAUACGAAAUGCUUGGAUUACUAGAAGAGAAAAAAGCGUUGCUUGAUAAAUACAAGGAUUUAUACAACAAACCAUCUCGAAACGAUCGAAAGAAAGGUUCCAGAUCCAAAAAGACCGAGACUGAUAAAACAUCUCGUUAG